GCAGUUCUUAAGCACAUUGAUUAUACUGACUUGUAACAAAGCUCCCUUUUCCCGUUUUAUGAAUGGAGAUUUUGAACUGGUGGUGUAUUGUGACCUUACGCGGCGGAAGAAGACUACGUAUCGAUUGAGAUUCAUCCGCCGUCGCAUGCCUAUAUGUUUGACAGGAGAGAAAUAACCUGUUUAGAGUGAAAUCGGCACACGAUAGGAGAAGAUAUACAACGCUAAUUUGAUUUGUCAUGUUAUUUUUAUCAACAAUUGGUUAACAUACAUGUGAAAAGUCGAUAUUGUUCAUGGAAUUGUGCUUGUGCAUAUCUCAAAAAUCUUUAAUUUACCUGCAAGAGAUGUUGGGAUUGAUGACAUUUAUCUGUUUAAGAAAAACAAUUUAAAAGUUAGACGUCUAAUGCCUUGUGCUAUGGAAGAAUUUUUAUAUCGAUUUCGUUCGAAAUCUGUCUCCACUCGAAAGAAACCUCCAACCCAAAGUCCCAUUAAAGAACAGAGAAGGGUCACUUGGAAGGAAGCAAAUGGACACCAGUUUCGACCACGAUGCUCCAGCACGCCCACAACUGAUCUGACGGUACGAAGAGAUGCUUUCAGCAGACGACAAUAUGGCUCCGUGGAAACGUUAACGCUAUUAGAUGAUGACAGUAAGAGCCAAUCAGCGGGCAGGUUUCGAAUUGAAACAGGUGACUUGGAGGGAAGUGAAGAGGUUUCUAGUCCCAUUGCUAGCCCUAUUCAUCUAGAAAAUCCAGAAUUCCAAACCCGAUGGUAUUUUAAAUACUUCCUUGGAAAACUACACCAGAACUACGUAGGGAUCGACACAGAGAAGGAUCCCUUCAUCCUGUCCGUGGUCGUCACAGACGCUAAUAACCACAACGUCCCUCAGUAUAGAGCUGUUUUAUGGCGCAAGAAUGGAGCCAAACGGGUGUGCCUUCCUUACAAUCCACAGAAGCCUCAGACUGUAAAGAGCAUUUUGAGUCAUUUUGAGUUGGAAAAAUUUGAAAAAGGACCAAAGGAAAUUUUUGAUCCGGAUAUCCAGAAGGACAUUUUAGUGUUAGAGGAACAAGAAGGUUCCAUCAACUUCAAGUUUGGUGUAGUUUAUGCCAAAGAUAACCAGAUGUCAGAUGACGAGUUCUACAGUAACAAUGACCCAUCGCUUUCCUUUAACAGUUUCACAAAUCUUUUGGGUGACAGGAUUAAAUUAAAAGGAUGGGAAAAGUUUAAGGGUGGUCUAGAUGCCAAGUCCAAUGCCACAGGAACUGAAUCCAUUUACACCGUUUACGAAGGACAUGAGAUCAUGUUUCACGUGUCCACCCUUCUUCCUCAUUCACUCGAAAACAAACAACAGGUAGAGAGAAAGCGCCACAUAGGAAACGACAUUGUAAACAUCAUGUACUACGAAUCGAACAACCCAGAAUCUCACUUCUUUCCUCAAUUCAAGCCCUGUAUGAUGAGGUCACGAUUUACUCAUAUUUUUGCUGUUGUGUGUUUUAAUACAUGUGAUCAUUCGUAUAAGCUCCAUGUUUUUUCUGAAGAAUCAGUUCCUCUCUUCGGGCCUCCUCUUCCUUCACCUCCUGUGUUCCAUGACGCCGAUGAGUUCCGAGAAUUUCUUUUGGUCAAGUUAAUCAACGGCGAAAAGGCCGCUGUGAAUAACCCACUAUUUGCACAGAAACGAGAGAGAACUCUGGAGAUGCUUAUCAAAAAUAUUCACCAGGGAUACAUGAUGGAAACAACCAAGUUGUACAGGAGAGCGUUUAGUGAUGUAAUUCAAGAUGCCCACAUUUCAAGAAAAGAGGACGCAAGACGGAGCGAGUAUGUCAGAGUUGGUCAGACGUUAAAAGUGAAAACCAUUCUGAAAGGAGAUGCCCCGACAAGUUUAGUCACAACUGGACUACUAAAAAGAGAACCAUGGGAACCCCAGCAAUUCUGCAUGGAUUUCCCUCAUCCAAUUAUAUGCGGUGAUUCCUGGGGAGACAACAAAUUAAUAUUAUCAACAGAAAAUGGCACGUUUAUCGUUGAAGAGGGUCUUAAUCAUCGAUCAAUAUUCGAUAAGUCAGUCCCGGUGAAACAGCUGGACGUUGUAGAAGCGCACAGCCUUUUGAUAUUUAGAUGUGACAAAGGAAAAGAGAGCAAGAUUUAUGUGUACCGAUUGAACGACUUCGAAGGAGAAAUUCUGGACCAAGUAACACGAGGAAAAGCGGAGUGCAGGGAGAACAGAAUUGAAAAAACAAAAGGAUGCCAUCUGUAUGCUUUGAGUGGACAGGGAGCCAGUCAUCUUCGAAUGGUUGUGGCGAUACAAAAACGGCUACUGCUGUUUUCAUGGAAACACUCUGUAGCCUGGUCUACAUGGUGCCCCUCGGUUGACUUCGAAAUAGUUGAUGGUUUUAAUUUUGUGCGGGAACUACAGGCCUUUGAAUAUCCACAACUGAUUACGUUAAUUGAUGGCAUUAGGGACGACAACCAGAUUUGUGUGGGGUACAAAAACCAGUUUGACCUGAUCAACGAGAAAAAUGGAGACACCUUACAACUGUACCAGAUGGAGGCCAACAAGGUGAACCUGGUGGCGGCUUUAGAUAUAUACGAGGAUGAAGAAUCAGAGUUACUCCUCUGCUAUAAUCAUGUGAGUCACUUCCAGAAACUGUCAGAAGAGACUUCACAUGACUUUGACUUCAAUUGGAACUCCGAGCCAAGCAACAUUGUCUGCGCCUUUCCAUAUGUGAUGGCCUUCACCGCGGAUUCCAUAGAAAUCCGCCUCAUUAUCAAUGGAAAUCUUGUUCAUGUCAUGUCUCAACCUGAACUCAGCUUAAUUACAUCGAAGUGUGAUAUAUAUUUCACAACGAUUGCUGGUCCAGGGAACUCUCCCAAGGAAAAGACUCGUGAACAGGGAUACACGCCCCCUUCUUCCCCUUCUGCCAAAGCACUACGUCCUCCCCAGUAUAUAUACAAAAUCCCUCUCUCGUGCCUUGCUGGGCAAAUGGCAACCAGCGAUAAAUCCCCUAUGAAUCCUACGCCGCCUCUCACGUCUACACUUCUGGCUCCAGUAGCCCAAAAUGGCGACAGAUCACCUGUCACCAAACGACGAAGUCCUCUGUUAAGGACCAAGUGUAUCCAUCCCAGUGGGGAAAAGACUGCAAGCGACAGACACGACUCUUCCGGGUCAGAUUCCGGAAUCUCGAUUCUCAGACCAGGGACUAACAGUUCUCCACCGGAUAGCCCUUAUCAACAGACAGUGUGUACUUUGGACUUCUCAAAUCAGGAGACAGACUUAGUUUAACACAGAUUCUAACGUUGCGGCAUUUUCCAAAGAACAAAAAUGCACGUGCCUUAACCGUGUGCAACCAGCGAGAAUGGGACGUCUACAGACGAUUCAACUUGAGGAGAUUGAUAUUCAAGAUACUAAAGAAGUCAGGCGUGUAAUGGACAAAGAAAUUUAGUCUCCAAAAACACCAAAUGAACGAAAGUAAUCAGAUUAACCUCGUUUUGAAAUGAUACCAUCAAAAACCGUUAUAUUCAUUUGUUACACCGGUGGUUCUUUAUUUUCUGGGUUGAGAAAAAACCCAAAAUAAAACGCCCCUGAGACUGUCACUGAUAUUUCUUUUGGCCUCUAAUGAAGAAUUUAAAUCACGAUUUUUCGUUUUUCUUAAAAAUUUUCAUAGUUUUGUUCGUCAUGUUUAAUAUAUUGGUGCUAUUUGAACAUUUGUGAUGUAAAUCAGACUUAUUGAUUGUUACCCAUAUAGAUUUAUUUGAGAAUAUUUUUCAUUGCCCUGAUUGUUGAUGGGUAAAUUUUGUGCACGAGACAGCUGUCUAAACACCGUUUGAAAGACGAAGCAAUCGGACAUUUUUGUGGAAACGAUUUGCGAUCCAUGGAAAUUUUACAUGGGACCUUACACUUUGUUUUGUAGAAAUUUUGUCGAAAUAACAGUUUAAUUUUUAUGUAUAUAGUUAUAUUUUUAACAAUGUUAUGGUAUCGAAAGUUUCCUAUUGUCAUAACACGUUUUCCCCUUAAGCUUAUUCAUUCAUAAUUUCGGGAAAAUGAUAAGUUUUUAUCUUUUUUCAAUUUGUUCCACUGAGAUAAGGAAUUACACGUGUCCUCCGUACUGUUGGUAUCUGAUCUUGGCACUUUAAUUCUCUCAGUCGAGAACCUCACUUUUCCUACAUGUACAUAGAGUUCUAGCGUGAUAUUCGUCAAAUUGCAUUUUCCCCUUUAAAGUUCAUUUCAAAGCAUUAUGUUGUCAAAGCAUUAUGUUGUUGAAUACAUUUAUCAGUUUGAUAUUGAGACUUUAAGAAUUUCAGGAGAUGUUUUUCGCACAUUUUGAUAUUUUAUUGAUUCACAAUAGAAAUACAUCCACACCCAUGAGCUCAUUUUCAUUGUUUUGUUGGGAAAUCGUCAUAUUCUUCCAACCGAAGACGUAUGCUAACUCAAUUACAAGUCUGUGAAAUUAUAACAGUAUUAAAGAAAGUGAAAAAUAAGUAUUUGAACUGAAAAUUGGUAGCCAAAAGAUUUGUUUAGAAAUGUGUUUGUUUCGUUUUUCAUUUUUAUUUCAAAUCCUAAAUAUGUUAAUUCCAUUCUCGUACAACUUCGACCUGUGGAACCAUAUUCUUGUUAUUUUAUUAAUGUUUCCAUUAUAAUAACUCAGGUUCAUUCUGAUCUGUGUGAGCUUGUACUACAUGAAUAUUUCUUGCGAAGAAAAAUAUGUUGUUCUUUUUCUCUUUUUAUCACACCGUAGUUGUUUUUAUUGAAAAUAAAACAUUGUUUUGAGACGUACAA